CCUUAACCUAUGUAUUUAUUGCUUGGGGCUUGACGAUAUUCCAAGGCAAAUCAUGACGAAGUGAAUACUUACGCCUAGCUGCUACAUAUCUGUCGCCAACUCUUGAGUUCUGCUAUCCCUGAGCUCACUAAACCCUUUGCGAUCCCAGCUCACGUAACUCGUCCGCUUGCAAUCCCUAGUGUGUUAACUAUCGCCAGACUCAUCCAUUGUUUGGAUAAAUAAAUAGCUUGACACCAACCUCCCCCCCACACCAGGAUUCAAGCCCAAAACUCCUCAGGACAAUGUCAUACACUGAUGACGCCGUCAAGGCUAAGCUGUCUGCCCUCAAUGAGACCCAGGAAUCCAUCGUCACGGUAGCCCAGUGGGUCAUGUUCCACAGGAGACAUGCAGACCGCACUGCGCAGCUAUGGUUACAGAAACUUCGCGAAUCAAAUCCUCCGAAGCGCCUGAAUCUUAUAUACUUAGCAAAUGAGGUCGCACAACAAUCUAAAGCAAAGCGGAAGCAGGAUUUUCUCAUUGCCUUCUCACCAAUCAUCGCGGAUGCGACUGCAGUCGCGUUUAAGGGAGCUUCGAAUGAUAUCCAACGAAAGCUAAGGCGUGUAAUUGAGGUUUGGCGACAACGGAAUAUUUUUGAGGAACCUAUUCAGCAGGCCGUAGAGGCUCGGGUUGAUGAGGUGGACAAAUCUAAAUCAUCCGGCAAAAAACCAUUGCUGGGCGGCUCGCUGUUCGCCAGCGCGCCUGGGUCUAUUCCAUCCGAGCUACAGCCCCUAGCCCCACUACAGACGGCCGUCUCCAAAGCAACUGUCGCCUCAACUGCCGCCAUCACAGCUGCCAACACCGAAUAUGACAAAAUGAACGACCCAUCCGCCCAGAUCCCCACACCCCCCGUUCACGCCGCACGUCUAAGCCAGCUUCUAAAGUCCCUCGCAAAUGCAGAAAGCUCCGUUUCAGAAAUCAUCAAGUCACGCCAGAGCUUGAUUCAGGGGCUUGAGAAGCUUCUAGACACGAACCGCGCAGCGUUAUCCAAGGAACAGGCGCAGGUUGAACAACUGGCGGCACGCAAAAUGGAGACCGAGAGUAGGAAGCGGGACGUUGAAGACGCUAUAAUGCGCGGCUUAUCGGUGGAGAAUUCGCCAGCGCCACAGGGAAAUGGCAGUGGGAAUGAUACUGGUAGUGCGGAAACGACAACACCAACUCAACCAAGCGAAGAGCCUGAGCGUCCCGUCGUCGAGGCGCUGACACCCCCACCUGUCGAGGCCCUCACGCCAACCGGCUCCCCUUCUCGAAACCAAGCGUCAGCGGGCAAUGCGGAGCAUCAUAACCAUCAGCAACAGCCCACGACAGGGAUUGGCACUUUUACUCAGCCGGGCCAAACCGAGCUUCCACAGCACCAGUACCUCACAGAGCCCUUCCUCCCACAGCAAGGCGCUGUGGAUAACCAAGCCGCAACAACACCAACCAUGCCUACCGCUAUGGAUCUAUCCUCAACUCUCGCGGCGCUACAUGGACAUGGACCUGGUGGACCACAGCAGGGCCCCACAGAUCUCCCCGCAACUACAAACGCGGACACGAAUGGAUCGAGCGCGAAGAAGCGCAAAGUUUCGCAUCCGCAUCCGCAGCAGGAUGAGUAUCCGGGCUUUGCUGCUGGGGGAGACGUUAUGGCGGACUUGGAUGAUGAUGUUGCGGAGCUGUUGAGGCAGGAGAGUAACAAGUAUUAGAGUCUGGGGGUCCGUAUUGUAUUGUAUUGUACUUGUAUCUUGCCUAUAUAGGUAGGUUAAGGGCGUCUGGGUUAGAGGUUGUAGCUGCGAUUGGGAUAAGGAACGGAGACGAGGUGCUACUACUGUUUACUAGGUCAAUGGAUGGCAUGGGAAUUCUAUUGUUGCCUCUUUUGCCCUCCUUUCUUGUUUUUUUUUUAUCAAGGGCUUUUUUUUUUCUCCUUUUCGCAUGGCUUUCUUUCAGCUCUUUUGUCUACUCGGUCAGUUUGGUUUUAUCAUAAACUUUUUCAAAUGAAGACACGGGAAACUUUAUGAAACUUAUUUGAAUUCCCCCUUUUUUUUCGCUUUUCUUUGGUGGGUCAACGCU